UCCACAUCCCCGCCUGCGGAAUGAGCACAACCACAGAGCCUGCCGCCCAGGGCCGCUGUGACGCUAGGUGGCACCAGGCCCGGCUCUCCAAAGGGAUUCCCAUGGAAAGCAUCAUCGUCUAUCAGAAGGUCCCACACCCGGGAAUCCAGGUGAACCUCCACAGCUACUAUUCUCAGCAGGGCAUCCCAGCGAGCAUCACGUUUUUCAGCCCCUCUGGCCUCACCCACAGCCUCAAGCAUAUUCAAGAGUUAUCUGGUGACAACAUUGGUCGAAUCAAGGAUGAAAGUCCCACAUUUUAA